UACAGUCAAUGCGAAUGGAGUUUGUCUGAAGCCUGGACUUUGUUUGUAAAUGGCUAAUACUCUUAUCAAUAACGCUUUCGAACUGAAAAUAAAAAUCUGUGUUGCAUUUAAUUGCUAAAAACUUUUAUCAUAUAAAAAUGGCAUCAGUAUCAGCAGCUGCUACUGGUGGAGCUGGUGAGGACUGCGAGGGGGAGGAGCAGGAAGACCCUUCAUCAGUUUCCCUAGAUGAAGUACUGGAUGUGACUGACACAAUUGAUAACUUGUCUGUGCAGGAUAACUCACAGAAUGCAGCUGAUGAUGAACUGCAAGCAUUCCGUCAGCAAUGGCAACGUGAGCUGGAGGCGAGCUCCACGCCGCAACGGGAACUGCGCCAGAAGCAGGUCCAGCUUACUGAACCUGAGGAAUGCUCUGAUGAGGAUAAGGCUAAGCAGUUGUUCCUGAAGGCGGUGGAGUUGGAGCGCUGCGGCAAGCUAUACGAAGCUAUACAGCACUACAAGCGCGCGAUGCAGAUACUGCCCGACGUCGAGAUGCGCCUGUAUGACGAGCUGAGGGCAGAGGCUGAUACUCCUGAAGAAGAAGAAUCAGAGACGGAGGAAGCAGCCAGGCCUGACAACGAGCAUCCCAGUGAUGAUGAAGACGCGGUGGAAGGCGAGGACUUGCUGGCCAGGCUGCAGAGGAUCGUCGCCAGGAGGGGAGUGCUAUGCGAGCAAGAGUAUCCUGCUAAGGGUGGUCACAUCUCCUGGCUGCCGUACGAGGUGAUCCUAGUGCUCCUACGCUGGGUGGUGAGCGCGGAGCUGGACGCGGGCUCGCUGGAGCGCGUGGCGGGCGCGUGUCGCGGCCUCUACUGUGCUGCCAGGGAGCCCGAUAUCUGGCGGAGUCUGUGUGUCAAGACGUGGGGCAUAGAAUGCGGCACCCCCCGCGCUAGCGGCUUCCCGUCGUGGCGGCACAUGUACGUGUCGCGGCCGCGCGUGCAGCUCAACGGCGUCUACAUCAGCAAGACCACGUACAUCCGCCACGGCGAGAACUCCUUCCAGGACCAGUUCUAUAAGCCCUGGUACCUCAUCGACUACUAUAGGUACCUCAGGUUCUUCUCGGAAGGCUUGGUGCUGAUGUGGACGACGGCGGACGAGCCCGCGAACUGCGUGGCACAGCUGCGCUACCGCCAUGCCAAGACCAGCCUCGGCAUACUGGCGGGACACUACCGACUUAUUGGCGAAAAGGUUGUGAUAGUGGUGAAGAAGACGCAGGACAAGAAGAACAUACAGAUCGCGAACACGCGGUUCCGCUCGCGGCGCAAGGAGGUCGAACAACAAGAACAGACUUACCACAUGGAGUUGGAGCUGCGCAACAUGCGCUGCGUGCGCAACGCGCAGCUGUCGUGGCGCCGCUACUCCGUGUGCACGCGCCGCGACCAGUGGACGCAGUUCGAGAUCACGCCCGCCAAGUUCCCGCCCUUCGCCUUCAGCCGCGUGCGCAGCUACACCUCCGACUCGCUCGCGCCGCUGCUCACCACGCAUGCCUACACCUAGCUAGAAUUUUAUGACAACUGACUGCUGGGAGAGGCCGCCGAGGAUUCGUCGGACCUAAGCGAGUGAUGUGAUACUCACAGCUUACGUCUGCUGCGCUUGCUGGACUGCUGGUACGCAAUAAUCAUAGAUUAAUUGAUAGACUAAAGUGAGGAGGAGUAAUUGUACUAGCUAAGAAUGACUGAGACUUGUGUGUUAGUGUGGGCUUCCUCGACACUGGAUAUUACUGACGAAACCUUGGCUAGAAUAUUACCGUUUGUAACUGAGAAAGGAGUAAUGUUUGCAUCAUCUGUUUGACUGAACCUUUGGAUAACCUCGUCUUUGAGAGCAUAUAACAUAUUUGCAUCAAUAGAAGAUAAGUAACAACACCCAUAGUUUGUUUAGGCUGAGAUGUGCCAAGUAUAAGCUGUACGGAAUCGCUCGCGCUUGCUAAGGCGGCUUGCAUGAUAAAGUUGUCAUGGAAUAAUAUUAAAACUGUGCGCAAGAGUUCACUAGUGCAUCAAGACAUUGCCGAAUUAAAUCGUUUACUAGUUGUGUACAAAUUGAGAAGUUAUCUUUAUUAGAAUGAGAGAGUCCUGUUCCUUUUCCUCGCAGCCCCCUGAUUUAGGUGAAUUUUAUAUUUAUUUUUGUAAAUAGUUAUGAAGACAUUUUUACUGUAGGCCGAUGUUCUGGCAGACGCUUUACGAUGUUGUUGUUAUAUAAAUGUGCAAUUUAAGAACGCUUAUAACUAGUUAAACUUUCGCAACUUACACCGCGACCUGUCCGUUAUGUUAGAAUCGGGGGCUGUAUGUAAUGGUACUUAUUUUUAUACUUUUAUAAUAAUUUUGCGCUCAAAAGCACUGAUGGGUUUUAUCAAAUUGUUGAUUAUUUUAUUCUUGUUAUAGUUUCAUUAUCCUAGCUCUAAAUUGUCAAUUUAAAAGACGAAAAAUUGUUAGUUUUGGAUUCCAUUUUCAAUGUAUUUACAUACUCACCUUAUUGUGUGAAAUAUUGUAAGAAAAAAAAAUCUAGAGUCGAUAGAAAAUAAAUUGACUGAUUAUGACCGAAUUUGACGUAACUCAUAAAUAGGUUCUAUUGUCUUCGGCUCUGGGUUUAUUUUUGAAUGACCCUCGUCGUAUGAGCAAGAAUGUUGUGAUUACUAUUGCCUUAGGCUAAGUAUUGUAAGUGACCAGUGUUCUUGUCUCAAAUGUUACUAUGUCCUGCUCUUGACGCUAAUAAGCAUUCUGUGAUGUUUGGAGACAUUUUAUGUAUUGAUUUUGGCAGACUAAGGAAAAAAAAACUGUGUAAAUAAAAUUAAAUUUGUCGCCUAAAACUUAUUUCAAAUUCUCUUCUUCUAAAAUAAAAGUAGGCCUAAAAUUAAGCAAAAAUAUUCAUAUUGUUGAAGGUUUAAUAUAAUAAAAUACCAAAAUAUUAAUACUAUUGGUGUCGGAGUAACGCCCCGAUUGUAUGCAACUAUACUUAGUACUUGACAACACGACAACCUAUCUUCAAUCUAUCAACAUCUGUAUUUAACUGAUAAAGUACAAAACGUAUAUUUUGUAACAUUCAAACUAUACCCACUUUAGAUAAUUCUUUUACUCAUCUAUUGUAAAUAUUUGUAAAUCUUUUCUUAUCACUUUGCCUCCAGUUGAGUUGUCGAGCUGUAUUGUGCGAUCAAAACCUGGCCUUUUUGCUUAUUUUGACGUUUGACGUUUACAAUGUCAAACUUCGCUUGUUGUCUGGUUUUACUCUAUGAUGGCAACAAAAUAUUUUCUGUGUGCAGCUUUUGAACUGGCCCUGUAUCUUAUGAUAAAGUGUUUUUUUGAAUAUUGAAAAUAUGAAAUAUAUUCCCAUUGUAUUUUUUUUAGAUCAGCACCACCUGCCAUAUUCCUGCCUGUUUUUUGUUAUAUUUAGUAAGGUAUAGUUGAAUCUUGAAAAUAGGCCAACAUUUUUGAUCGCAUAAUAUUGAAUUAAUCGCUUGCUAAUAUAAUUUAAGCUUUAAGUACACAGUCUUAAAGACUAUUUCUUUGUUCAUGACGUUGAAGUCUAAAGACAGUCAUAAUAAUUGUAUAAGAGAAGUAGUGCUUUGUACUAGUCUUAAGUCUCGGGAUGAGAUAAUAAAAUUAUUCAUUGCA